GAAAGAAGGAUGUUACACUAGAAAGAGAGAUUCCGUGUGAUAAGCGAUCCAUUUUCCACGCAUAGCAAUAAUGGCAGAUGCAAGCGAACUAGUGGAACACAAUCUAACAUAUUUGAAACAACAGCAAGCAGAAAAGUUGCAGCUCAGUAACUACAUAGCGAAGAUUUUUGAGACAAUCGACGGUAGUGCAAAGUGUAUAUCAAAUAAAGACCAGCUUAUAUACGCAUUGAAUUCGUCCGAUGAUCAAUUGAAAUCAGCAUUAGACAAUGCGAUUUACGUCCACGAUGGCCUAACCCUAAAUAUAGACGACGUAUCAAAGAUUCCCGAUACGCCACCGAACCGUUCGCCCAAGCUUCAGCGUUGGAUAGAGAAGGACACUUUACAAGAAAGACUUAACGCUGGUUACAAUAAUGUCAUUAAGGCAACCAAAGAGAGGGCAAGGUAUUACUCCGAAAAACUGAAUGUAUCACCAUCGGCCCUUGCAAAUGGUGAUAAUCUCGGAACAGAAUCAACAAUUGACGUUCAUUUACAGAGUAAAUUGUUGUCUUUAUAUACCGUUGUAUUGCCAACGCCCGUUCUCAAAACGCUAUCUGCGAAUUGUCUUCCAAUAGCGAAUGCUUUUGUGAAGUCCGAGACCGAGGAAACGAACAUGAUUUGGGAAUUGUCGCAUCAAAAACUGAGAAAAUGUCUGCAAAGUGGUUCGAAAACAACCCUUUUAAAUCUCCAAGAUAAAAACAUGGCACUGGCUCUGCAAUGCUCCAAAUGGCCACAGUUUCUAGAUGAAUGGUUACUACGGAAACGGUAUCAUAAAUGGCCGAAUGCUAACACCAUCAUAACAGUCAAACGCUCCGGCUUCUUGCUUGUCCCAACAAACCAGCUUAACACUGAGACACAAUGGCAACUGGAUUUCACAGUCCCUGAGAAGUAUUUAAUGACUACCUUAUCGAGCACCCAGAUGCAAUGCCUGUUGAUGUUACAUCAACUGAUAGCCAAGUUUGGUCUAGCUGAAGACAUCCCCUCGAAAGUUGUCGUCCACGCCGUGUUCUGGAUGGCUGAACAGAUCCCUGCUACAGCCUGGCCAGAGAAUGAUCAACAAAUGUCCAGAUUUGUGUAUUGUAUGAAUAAACUGUUGGACUUUUUGGAAGAAAAGUAUCUCAAGGACAGUCACAUGCCGAACUAUUUUGCGCCUCAGUUAAACACGAUGCGUGCGCCAUCUUUCAAACAUGAUAUGGAAAGUGAAAUAAAAGAAGGUGACACUUCAGCUAAAGACGAAAGCAUGACGUUGAAGUUCAAAAGAGCGAGUAAGGACAUCAGAUCGGGAGAAUGCUUCACUGUUUACAAGACUUCUUCUCGAUUAUCAGAUUAUACGGAGAGCCUUUCAUCGACAUCGAGUAUUCUCUUUGACAAUACCGUCAAGGACACGUUCGUUGAUUUGAAUCGUCUGCUGACCGUAGAUGAUGACAUCAGCCAGACUAUAGUGACUUACCACAAUGUUAUUAGUAGACUUUCAAAAGCAUAUGGCUCGGACUUGUUUAUGUCUAUACUGUAUGACAAGCUUGGAUUAUUGUAUCUCUCAAGGUCUCGCGCGUCCACAAUCGAAUGCGACGCCCAGUCAUCUGCCCAAUUGGCCAAAGCCUACACAAAACAGGGUAAUACAUUUGGGUUGUCUAUGCAUAAGAUAUGCCAAGCAAACCUGCACUACAUCAGCAAAGAAUAUGGAGAGGUUAUUAACACAUUGAAGGAAUUGGUAAACAACCCAUCCAAGUUUGUAAAUGAUCUCGGUGCUUCGAACGACCCCUUUUUGAAAUGUCUAAUGAGGAGCAAUUUUGGGAAAUCCCUCGCGUUAUCUGAAUUAGAACUCAAAGCAUUUGAUUCUUCCAUUGUUGAGCCGUUUGUGUCAAAGUGUUCAGAUAAAGGUGUAUUGUUUCUGCCUUGUCAUGCAAUCGCGUGUUCACUCUUCAUAAACAGUGCUAUAAAACUGGGUCGAAUCUCCUUAGCUAAGGACUGUCUUCAAAAGUUUGUGUCCUAUUGUUAUCGAGACAGUUCUGGAAGUCCUAUUGAAGCCAGUAUAUUGUUGAGAAAACAAAGAGUCACACAUAAGCUCCUUGGUGUCUUUGGUCGGGCACCAGUAAAGCCAAAACGCAUGGUCGCGUUUGAGCUAAGCACUCAUGAGCAGAGUGCAACUAAAGGUGCUGAAUUACAUGCUUUAGGUUCAUGUGCCCUAAUGCUUAAAGAUCACACAACUGCUACUUUAGCCUUUGACCUGGCCAUUAUCCAUGAUCCGACAUCUGCAGACUUGCUUCCAUGCAUUCUUGCGAAUGAUGUUGUCCCGUUCGAUAGCUAUUCCUUCAUCGAAUGUCUCUUUUUCUUGUUCAUUCAAGCCCCGCUGAAAUGUGCCCUGUUCCUCUUUAGUGUUUUGUCACAUCCAUUCGACUCCAUCAUUAGCCUUUACAACGUCUGCUUGCUAAACACCCUCAUAAUAAUUGAUGAUGCAAUACCAAUCGGUGGUUACGCAACAGGGGCUGGUUUGAGUGCAGUGACUUUCAUUGGGCGUAUGCAAAAUGCUGUGUUGACCCUUUGUGAUGAAUCAUUGAAAGGGUUUGUGUUUAUCUCACUCAUAUCUGCACAGGGUUGCAUGAAUAUUAUUAGAUUCGGUUUGGAUACAUCCCAUUUGUCUUUGAUAUGGAUUAAAUCGAAAUUAUUAAGCCUUGUCAAGAAAUCUUUAGUUUUGCAAACUAUCAGUGUGAGAUCGUUGACUAAUCCUGUUACAUUCCUUCUUGCAUGUCGACUUGGUGUCAUUGGAUUGUUAACGUACAUUAAACAUUGUUGUAACUCAGUUGUUGAACGUUUCUUAUCAUUGAAACAAAAUGCGAUAAACAAGGUGAAUUCAUCAAAGAACCACGCUUCGGAUAUAUGGACACUUGCCGUAACCUAUUUUGAUUUUCAACAGAAGCUUUUCCAAACUGGCCUGAAAGGAUUCAAUGCUCUGACGCCCUUGUUUCAAAGUGAAAACGCAAUGAUUUCAUCUAAGUAACCAACUGCUCAAUCUGUUAUCUGGAAUGGUAGUACCUUUUUUAUACAUUCUAUAUUUAUGUAAAUAUUUUAAUUUAGGAGGAAAACCAGUAUAUUCUACUGAAUAUGACAUUCAUUUAUAUUUGCUAGUGGGACUUCUCUAUUGAUAGGUCAAUUUGAGAUUAGCUUUUGAAUAUAUUUAGCUAUGGAUCUACAAAAUGAAUGCAUCACGUGAAUUUGAAGAACAAAUACGAUUGUGAGAUCCACAGCCUGUACUUUUCCUCUAAUAAGGGAAACAAGGACUCUUAAAAAUCAGGAUGACAAAACACUAUAUAAUUAUUCUUAUACAAAACAUAUUAGAUGUGGAAUUUAGAAAAUACUCUUACUUGGUGGUAAAUGUGUAUGGACCAUUUUUACCAAAGCAAUGAAAUAAAUUUAGUAUUUCCAAAAA